AUGGGUAUGUUUAGAUUAUUAAAUGGACUCGAGAAUAAAAUUGAAUUAAAUACAGACACUAAAAGAUCACUAAUCAAAAAAUAUAUACCAACAGUUUCAAAUAAAUCUGUAUUUACAAAAAUUAAACUUUGUAAAUUAAAGGAUAAAAAUACAAUUAAAAAUUUAAAAGAUAAUUUCAUUGUACCAAAUUAUUAUUAUGAUGCAUCAAAUAUAAUUGAAAAUCCUGAAAUAAAUAAAUUUAUUUGGGGGAAUAAAAAAAAGGGUUCUUAUUCAAUUAGAUUGAUUAUUCCAAAAAGUUCAAGAAAUAUUUAUAUGUCUGAUUUAAACUUUAUUAAUAAACCAUCAAUUUAUAAUAAUUCAACCAAUUUAAGAAUGAAUCUAGAUGAUACAAAUGAUGGUGCUAGUAUUUUAACUUCAGCAGUAACUUUAAAAGGCCAUAUACUUAUUGAUGUCAUAGAAGAAUUAAAAUCUCCAAUUAUAUUAGACUCGAUUAAUAUUUAUUUUAAAUGUUUUAUUACAGAAAUUAUUAUGCAAACAGAUAAUGAAUUAAAUGAAUCUAAAUAUCCAACAUCUGUUGCAUUUCAAAUAUUUGAUAAAAGGACACUUUUAAGAAUGUUACCUAUUCAAUCAUUACAUAUUAAUUUAUUAGAAAUGAUCCCAAACGGAAUUAAAUUACAAGAAAUUGGCAAAAUUGAAUUACCAUUUACAUUUAUAAUAUAUCCAAAUAAGUUUCCUGCUCAAUUAAAUACAGUUUGGGGUAAAACGUUUUAUCGAGUUGAAUGUCAAAUAAUGAAAAAAGAUUUACAAAAAAAUUAUAAAGAAUGGUUAAUUUUAUCAAGAAAGAUUCAAUAUCAUAGAGUCUUAUCAAAUGAAUAUGACAUGGCAUUAUUAAAAGAUGCUGUAUUUUAUCGUGGAAUUUGUAACAAAUUAAAUGUUGAAUAUCAAAUAUGUUUGGAUAGUAGAAUUAUUGAAAUUAAUUCCCAUUUUAAUAUAUGUAUUGAAUUAUUACUUCAAAAAAAAUAUCCAUUAGAUACUAUAACAGUUUUCUUAAUACAAAAUGUUGCAAUACCAUUUGGUCGAUCAUCCUCAUUAAAUUAUAUGGAUUCAUCUAAUACUGAUGAUGACAAUAAUACUAAAACAGGUUGUCAUAUAUUUAAGAUUGAAAAACGUCUUUAUAGUGGACAAACUACUAAUUCUGGAAUUAAAAGUAAAGAUAGAUUAUAUCAAACUAUUGAAAAUAGUGAAGAAAAUGAAGAUAUUCAAAUAAUUUCAAUCAAUGACUUAAGAAUAACAAAUUAUAAUGAAUUAAUCAAAGCUAAUACUCUUGUACAUCCUUUCUAUUGUGAAAGUAGUACUCAAAAUCCAAAUAUGGCAAGAAUUAAGAUUAGUCAUUUUCUUAGUAUACGAUUUGAAUUUAAAAUGGAAGGUAAAAAAAGAUCACCUAGAAUCUUUCACAGAAUUCCAAUUUGUUUAAUCGAUAAACUAAUACUAGAUAGUAUGAAUAUGCCAAGUUAUGACAAAAUAUAG